AUGCAGCGAGAACGGGCGGAAAGGAGCCCCAAGAGGCUCCGGGCUGACGAUGCGUGCUCCGCAUCGCUGCCUCCUGUCGAUGUGGCACAGCAGCAGCAACAGCAGCAGCAACAACAGCAGCAGCACGGAGCUGUCUCCAGUAGCCUUCCUGCUGCUCCUGCUGUGCAGGGGGAGCUGGCUUCUGGGGCCCUCUCUUCAGUGCUGUCGCUGCAUGCAAGAUUUCAUUGCGACGUUUGUCGGGCUGACAUCAGCGGGACUUUCCGCAUUCGUUGCGCGGAGUGCAAGGACUUUGACUUGUGCGUGUCUUGCUUCUGCAGUGGCCGCACAAGCAGCAGCGGCAGCAGCAACAGCAAGCAGCAGCAGCACAAGAACUCGCACUCAUACAUCCCUGUGGGGCGCAAUCGUUUCCCUGUCUUUAGCUUGGAUUGGACAGCAGAAGAAGAAAUGCUCCUUGUAGAAGGCAUCAGCAAGCACGGCUUCGGCAACUGGGUCGAGGUGGCGGAGUUCGUUUCGCUUGCGUCUCUGGAGCCGAAGACAGCAGACCAGUGCGAGCGCCACUAUUUGUCCUAUUAUUUGGACUCUCCAACUUCUCCUCUUCCUGAUUUGUCAGCUCUUAUUCAAAACAAAGAAGGCGGGGCUUUAACCCCAGAAGAGGCGAAGGCCUUGCGGGAUGCACAGCAGCAAACCAAGACAGAGCCUGAGCCCGCUGGCGGCACGACAAGCCCCACGCCUUUGGCGCGAAAGAGCCCCAAACCUUCGCACUCCAUCGUUGGCUACUGGCCGUUGCGAGGGGACUUUGAUGUCGAAUUUGAUAAUGACGCAGAACUUAUAUUGGCAGAUAUGGAAUUCAAGGAUGGCGAGGCGGUGCAGGAGCGACAGCUAAAGCUGCAGAUCAUCGAAAUUUAUAACUCGAAGCUCGAUGAACGCAUCUACAGGAAGAACACGAUCAUCAGCAGACCCUUGGCGCGGUUUCAGUCCGACGAGCAGCAGGAGCGCCUUGUGCAGCUGCUGAUUGAAGAGCGCCGCAUUCGGCAUCGCCUGGCCCUUCUGCAUGAGUGGUGCAGCUUAGGUCUCAAGACAGCGAAAGACGUGGAGGCUUAUGAAGAAGAAAAGGCCUGGAGGGAACAGCUGCGAACGCGUUCCCCGGACUUGUGUCUUUCGACAGCUCCGCCUGGUACCAUUCAUGCCGCCGCCGCAGCAGCAGCAGCAACAGCAGCAGCAACAGCAACAGGCACCUCCACCAAGUCCCAGCUCGCUAGCGCUGCCAAAGGCAGAUCGGGCCAGAGGGGAGGCUCCAUCUCUGCUGCUGCAGCGGCUACCCCAGGUCCAGGGGGUUCCCAGGGGGUGGCCCCUGCAACACCCAUUAAAAACUUCCCUGGCGCUAAACUCCUCAAGCCAGAGGUGGGUGUCGCAGAGAAGUACAAGGUUACCUGCACGCAUGCAUGCGUGCAUGCUGCGGAGUUCUUGUAUUUCUGCUUUUGCCAAAUUGAGAGUUUGCUCGCUGGUGUGCCAUCUCAGGAACUGGCAUUCUGCGAAGGGGCGCAGUUGCCUCCCAUUUUUUAUUUGUUGGCCAAACGCAUGUUGGUGCACGAGCUGUCUGUACACCGUAAACUUGAUGGCAGCACCCUAGACAAGCCAGUCGAACUCUUGGUGCAUCGAGUGGGCCAACUGUACGACUUCCACUUAAACAUGUGGCAGUUUGCCUCCUCUCCCCAGGGUCUGGGGGUACACCCCGAGGCACCGAAGGCGCUGACUGGGGCUCCCCUUUCUGAGGGAGUGCAGCAGACUGUCGCUACCGAACCAGAAGGGGGGAAAUUGUCAUUGCCCCAGUUUGUACAGCCUGGGGUGUAUCGACAGCUCGGCGGACCCACGGAUGAGAAGCUGCACGUUGCAGCUGCUCCUGCUGCUACUUCUGUUCCCCCGACAGUGGUGGCUGCUGGUGAGCAGCAGCAAUAG